AUGUCUUUAAAUAGUUAUGACUGCACUCACUGUCUAAAAAUAAAAUAUCGGCGUGUGCCUUUCAACUAUGGUUUAUACUUUAAACAGUACCAAAUAUUAGAAUCAAUUUUGGUGAAAAAGAGAGACACCAUCGGAAUUCUCCCUACUGGCUAUGGGAAAUCAGUCAUUUUCCAUAUUCUUCCAUACGUGGCAGACUAUCUAAACACAAGCAUACAUGUAAGAAAAGGAAAUACUACAACGCAUGGUAACAUUGUUCUGGUAAUUACCCCUGUGAAUGCUUUAAUUGAUAACCAGAUCACCAUUCUACAAGAGCAAGGGGUUCAAGCAGCAAUUUUAAAAACGGUUAGCAAGAGCCAUAGCAAAAAGGAAAGUGAUGUAGAAUGCAACGCUGAGGCCGCUACAACUGACAUUUGUGAAGAUAAUGUACAUGUGGCAGAACUUUCAGUUAACAGUACAACUAAAGAAAACAUUAAAGAAGGAAUGUUCAAGAUUCUAUUCGCUCAUCCUGAAGCAUUCAUUUCUUGUAAAGAAGGGAGGCGACUUCUCUUAUCUAAAGUACUUCAGCAGAACGUUAUAGCGUGUGUAAUUGAUGAAGGACACCUUGUUGAGGAAUGGGGAGUGGAAUUUCGUAAGGAUUUUGCAAAAUUAUUCCAAUUAGGUUUGCUUUUUCCUGCUGCACCAUUGUUAGUCCUCACUGCAACAGCACCUAAACAUGUAAUUGAAGCGCUAAAAAACACACUUGUGCUUAGUAAACCCAAAGUAGUUGUUGCUAAUUUGGAUCGAUCCAAUAUCUUCAUUAGCAAGGAGAAACGAUUGCCGUCAUCAACAGAUAUUUUGCGCGAAAAGAAUUACUUUCCUCCUGGAGAUAAGAAGCCUGAGAAUUGUCUAUUCGCGCAAUUUCAUGCUCCUCAAACUGAGCAAAUGAAAAAUGAAAUCUUGAAACAACUGCAAGGGCCAAACGAAUCAAGAUCUAUUCGUGUUAUUUUUGCAACAGUUGCAAUAGGGAUUGGCGUUAACAUUCUUGACGUUAGACACGUUGUUCAUAUAUCCGUGCCUGGAACAAUAGAGUCGUAUUAUCAAGAAAUAGGCAGCGCGGGGAGGGAUGGGAAGCCAGCAAAGGCAUCCCUAUAUUACAACGGGCACGACAUUUCACAUAGUAAACCUGGCAUGACAACUGCGAUGCGCGAUUUUUGUUCACAAGAAGAUGUAUGCUUAAGGAAGAUAGUCUUGGACUACUUAGGAUCGCCUGCUCCAUUAGCAUCAAAAGAUAAGUGUAUACAACAACACUCUUGCUGCAUCAAUUGCUCAAGAAUGUGCAUGUGCCUGAAUUGCAAACAAGAUCCAGUGGAGUUACCAUAUGGUUUUCAGGAACAUGAACCAAAACCUCUGCUUCGCAGUGUCUCUGAUGCACAGCGUGGUAAGAUAAGAAAACAAAUGAAGGAUUAUAGGCUGAAGUUGGGAAAAACUGGUUGUCGGAUUGGAAGUAUUGACACCCGUACAGGUGUAACAUUAGAACUCAUUGAAUCAAUAGUUUCUGAAUGUGACAAUGUUAAGUCAGCUGAAGAGAUGUACUCAAGAUUUGAAAUUUGGGACAUAGAGCAUGCACAUUCCUUUUUUGAGAUAAUUGAAAAUAUUUGUGAAAACAAACUUUUGUUAUACAGCAUUAAAAUGAUUACUGGUACAGUUACAUUGGAACUUACUCAGAAUCAUUUGCUAGUUCUAUAUUAG